GUGACACAGCGACAAGGAGUGAAAACGACAACCUUUACUUUCUGUAGAAAAUUUUCACUGCAUUGAUAGAUGUCACCCCAAGAUUGAGUAACUAUACGUCUGACGUCAUCAAUAUAUGUGUAGGUCAGCCAUAUUGAUCCAAAUUUUCUUGAUGAAUUAACUGCAAUAAAAGUUUGAAUUAUUGGAUAUUGUCCCGUUCAGCCUUGUGCGGCGUGCAGUAUGGCUACUGAUGGCUCGUCAUUUACCACUUCACUACGAAGAACUGUAUUAGAAUUCUGCAAAGAUAACUAUCCGUUUAAUGAUUCUGUGACGAUACAAGGAAUCAUAUGCCUAACGCCAGAGGAUAGCAAUAAGGACACUACUGUUAGAUUUCACAAUCGACUAGUGAAGAACAAUGAGAAAAUUACAUCAUUCGAGGCAGAGUUUAAUCUGAAGAAGUUAAGCGGUGUGUCUAAUGAAGCGCAAACGAAUGACUCUGUCAACAAGAAUCAAGAGGCUUCAACGAAUGAUGCUGGAGAUGGGCAAAUCCCAUUGAGCUCCAUCAAGGUGGAGGUUUCGGAGGCGGAGGAGGGUGAAAUACCAGAUGACGAAAUACAUAUGGAUCAGGAUGAAGGUGCAGCUACAGUGACAACGACAGGCGAUAAUUCCAAGAAUGAUAACAGCGCCAAUAACGCAGCUGAUAAUGACCACCAAGAUGUUGCCGUUGACGACAAUGAUGCUGACCCAGGUUCUCCUAAAAAGGGUACGGAUCCAAUAACAGCGCAGUCACGGAUGUCACCAGAUGAGAUGCGUGCAAUGAUACACGACAAACUUGUUUCCAUGGCAGCAAACAGCAAUGAAGAACUACCGGACUAUAUCAUGGUGCUCUUGGCCAAUAAGAAAACAAUGUCUCAAAUGUCAGCUGACUUGAGCUUAUUUCUUGGUGAUAAUACAGAGGAGUUUCUUGAUUGGCUCCCUAAACAUUUUCCAUAUUUGGCAAAAUCUGAUUCGGAUACUCCCGAAAAACAGGACAUUAAGGAUGGUGGGGCUAGUAAUGUUGGGUGUAAAUCAAAACUGAAUAAGUCUUUUAAUUUGGAGACAUCCAAAGAGAGUCUCGAUUGGGAUGAUCAGGAGGUUCAUGAAAAUCACCAUCAAGAUGUGGAAGAUGAAAAAAUUGAACAAGGUUCUGAGGCUGAAGAAGCUCAAAGUGAGGAAAAUGAGGAAUCAUCCGAGGAAGAAGAACAAAGUGAAGAAGAACAAAAGGACCAAUCAGAAGAGAGCGAAUCUAGCGAGGAAUCCUCAUCUAGCGAAUCAGAAUCAGAGGAGGAAUCGCAAGAAAAUGAAGUGACAUCGUCUUUGUCAAGAACAGCUGAUACUAAGAAAGAAAGCAGGAGACGACAUUCCACACGACGUGAAAAGGAAGACAUCGCAGACAUACUCGAAGAUGCGCCGGAUAUUGAUGAAUUUGCAAUGGAGGCUCAGAAAGAGGCUGCUGUUAAGUCGAAAAAGUCCCAAAGACAUGAACGUAUUAAACAUGAAAGUAGUCCCAAAAAGUCACGCAGAAACAAAGAUAAAGAAAGUAGUCCCCAGAAACACAAAUCAGAUCGGCAUCGAGAGAGACAUAAAGAGCAUUCAUCACGCUCUAGCAGAUCAGAAAACAAAAAAGAGGCUCAGAAAAAGAAGCCUACAAUGAUCAAGACGUAUGAAGAAUGGCCAGGUGAAGAGAGGAAAUCGCGGGAAAAGAAAAGCGCAGGUAGAAAUAUAAAAAAAGAAGAGAUCGACCUUCCCCCUGGGGCAGAUGAGUGGUCAGCUGAGAGCUAUCGUGACACAAAAUGGAUGGGCUCUGAAUCUCGGGUCACUCGAGUGCGAUCUCCCGAUAGAAAUGCCAGAAGUGUUCCUCUGAGGUCCCCAGAUCGUGGAAGGGUAUCGAUGGGACUGAAGUCCCCCGAGAGAGGGAAACCAAGGUCAAAUAAUAGACCAAUCAGGUCCCCUGAUAGGGGCAGCCAGAGACCAAUUAUGAGGGAUGAUCGAAUGGAUCGAUGGAAAAUUGACCCCAAAGAAAUGCAUCGGCGUAUCAGUGCUGAUAUGGAUCGACGUCGAGCUCACAAAACCUCUCCAUUAUCCCAAGAUCAAAGGAUAAGACAUAACAAAAGCCGAUCCAGGAGCGAAUCAAAAGAGAGACGAAUGAUGAGAUCAGUCCCUGUCGAUGCCCGAGCUCAGCGACGAAACUUCGAAUCACCCCCACUAGAGGGUCACAAAGGUCGAUCACAGAGACAGUAUCGUAAGCAAAGUAUGAGCCCUGUGAGAAAACGCCCCCGUCAUAAUGAGAGCUUAAGUCCUACACCUGCUGCACGUGAUGCUAGAUUCCGCUCAGGUAGCUUAGGCAGGGAGCAUACACUGACUCAUGUCGUUGACUCAAGGGGACGCGUUGUGCGGAAACCGCUCUCAAGUGGCGGUGAAGAUUCCGAUUCAAGGUCACCUUUGAAAAAACGACCUCAUGAUGAGGCAAGAAGCUCAAUCGACAGAAUAAAUGAACUUGCACGAAAACACAGGCAAGAGAAGCGUCAACAUAGACAUCAAAAAUCAGAAGAACCAGUUAGGAGACCUAUGAGAGCCCCGGAACCCCAACCGGAAGAGGAAGAAGAUUCCAGUGAUAAUUCCAGCGAUAAUUCCAACGAAUCAGAUGAGAGCAGUGAGGAAGAAUCGCCAGUUCGUCAACCGAGACAUAGAAAAGAUUCUACUAAAUUCCCGAAACAGAAAUUCCGCACAGUUGGAGGAAAAAAUCAAUAUGAGGAAGAGGAAGAUUCUGACGAUGACGUCCUAAAACUAAAUAACAGAUCAGCUGUACAACGUGCUCAAAGUCCCCGCCAAUAUAGACGCAAUAAAAAUCAUAGUCCCGAUUCUCCUCCUGAACCUAGCUCAAGUGACAAAAGAUUACACGGAAGUCGACAUGGUCGAAACAUCAGAAGUAAAUCGCCCAAUGACAGCAGAGGUCGGCAGCAGUAUAAAGGUGGAAGCUCAGAACAAGAUCCUCGUCACUCCGCAAGCCGUGAUCGGGGGGAUAAUAGAGCACGGAAUACGACGCGUGAAAGGUCAUCAAGUCAGAGGGUUUCAUCUAGUAGAAAGGGCAAUAUGAGGUGAUAGUGAGCGAUUCAAAUUAGAGCAUUAUUCAACAGUUGCCAGCAUGGAUUAAGUCCGGCUCAUAAAUGUGCAUUUCACUAUUAGCUUUAAACUGAGAUUCAUUUCUUAGGACCUUGCUCCCCUCUCCUAUGAGUUAACCUAAUUGCGAAUCAUACAGUCUAUGCCGCCAAAUGAUCAUGAAGGUAUGUAAGGGAAAAAGUUGCAAUUUGGCCGGUUUAACCCCAUUGAGAAGGGGACAAUCACAAUGUUGCAUAUCCACUUUAAAAUUUUCCCUAAUUAUAGCAAACUUUCUAUAUUAUGCCUGGGUCACAUUUGCUGUGAUUCAUCGCCGGCGCCCGGCCAAUUGAGUAUUUUGUUCAAAAUUGAAUACAUUUUUGAACAAAAUA